AUGGAACACAAUCAAGACAAGUUGCAAUUAAUCAAACAACUCUCUGAACAGGAAAUGAAAACAAAGGAAUUAUUCGAUCAUCUUUCACAAUAUCAACAAGAGAAUGCUCAAUUGAAAUCAGAUCUUGAAAAAAUUGACAAACUUGAAAAAGAAUUGAAAGAAUGUGAACAAGAUUUAUUUAAUUGGAUUCUCAAUGAUCAACAAUCUUUGAAUUGCUCUCAAUGCGAGUAUAUUGCUGAUUUGAAAUCUUGUGUGAAUGAACUCCUGCAAAAGAGAAAUAAUCUCAGAACUGAAUUACUUGCAGAAUAUGAGAAUUAUGAUCGUGUAUUGAACAAAAUGACCAUUCUUUCAAAGAAAAUGAAAUUCAUCAAGAUUUAUGAUGCAUCCAUGAAUGAAAUAUCUGAAGAGGACAAGACUUUUACUCAUUCUCUGGAGCUGUCUGUUAAAUCUCUUUAUUUACAAGGUAUUAUUGGACAGAAGAAAGAAAUUGAAAAUAUUUUGAAAACGUUCAAAGAAUUACAAGAAAAAAUUGAAAGACAAGCGAUUCAAACCCUCAAUGUGACUCAAUUAAGACAAUUGCAUUUUGAAGUGUUGGAUGAGGAAGAUCGUGAAAAAUUUAUUUCUCAAUUUUUGAACAUGUUGAAAUGGUCUGUGGAUGCCACUCAAGAAGAUAGAUAA